AUGAGUUUGAGCCCUGCCGACUAUCCCGAGCACUACACAAUCAACAAAGAGUCCAAAUACUAUCGCGAGAUGAUCCCGCGCCCGAUGUACGAACAGCUCUUUGCCAAGGCGAAGAUGAUGGCCUGUGGAUUCUUGUGCCAACAAGACCCCUCGCACGCACAAAUUUUCAAGGAGAACUGGGAAUCAAUUGCUAAAGAUUUGGAAGAGCCAUUUUUUAAGGAGACCAUGUAUGAGUUCUUUGCUGGUUGCUUUGAUCCAGAAAGUGUUAUCUUCAAGGUUUCUAUGAGAAGUUUAGUUGCUAAGAUUUCACUCUAUGGCCGUUUCUGCAUUGAAAGGAAUCUUGCCAAAGACGCAAUUGAAACGAUUCCAAUCAAGAAACCGAUUUAUAUAGUCGCUUUGCCAAGAUCCGGAUCAACAUUCACACACACGAUGCUUGGAUGUGACAAGAGAGCCAAGACUGUUAUGUUGUAUGAACAUAUUUGCCCAGGGAAUAAAACCACAACUACCCAAGCAAGACAAUUAAUAACUGAACAGAUCAUCGGACAAGUCACUACUGAUGGUCAAGACAUGAACAAGUGCCACAAUAUGGACAAUGUUAUGAUGCCUGAAGAAGAACUCUUUUUCAUGGAAACACUUGCACAUACACACAUCUUUGGUAAUUCCAUUCCAAGAUGGGAACAAUACAGAGAAUCAUGCUACACUAGAGACUGGGAUAAGGUCUAUUACGCCGUAUUGGACGAAAUUAGAAUGUCUGCGCUUGAAUUCCCAAUGAAGGAAGAUGGUCACUUCUUGUUGAAGUGUGUCUCUCACUUCAUGACUCCAGCACCGUUCUUUAACAUCAUGAACGACGACAAAUUCGACUCCAAGAUCGUUUGGAUCCACAGAGAACCCGUCGAUGAGUUCAAAAGCUGUUUCUACUUGCUCUUGAACGCACGUGCCAGGUUUAAAGGUGACUUGGGAGAGGACGACUACUUGUGGCUCCAACAAAACAUCUUGAAGGUUAAUGAGAUCUGCCUCAAAAAUUCAUUCGCCUUGAGGGAAAAGUGGAUUGCUGCUAAACCAGAGAGAGCAAACAGAAUCAUUGAUAUCGGAUUCAGAGAGAUGAUUGCUGACCCAGUCGCAGUCACUCAAAGAAUCUAUGACAAAUUUGGACUGGACUUGGCUGAGGACGUCAAGACUCAAAUUGUUGCUGCUGCUAAGGAAGGGGAUAGACAAGGUGCACACGGCAGAAUGGCGAAGAACAAAGAUGACUUCUUAAUCAGUGAUGACAAGAUCAGAGAACAAUUCAAGUGGUACUAUGAUAUGUAUGGAAAGUACAUGCCAAAGUUCUAUAAUUGA